AUGGGGGCGGCCGAGGUCGGCGGCGGCAUCGUGGUGUCCGUGUGGACCGCACAUGUCGCCAUGGGGGCGGCCGAGGCGAGACGCAGCGCCGCACCAGUAGCCUUCUCGGCAGGCAGUGGUGGCAGCAUCGGGGGCGGCGUGAUGCUUAUGGGCUGGUACGGAACUGCUCCAGCGGCCUGCUGGCGAUGUUACCCAGGCGGUGGCAGCAGCAUCUGGGGCGGCAUCUCGGCCGUGACGUGGAAUGGCAUUGCAUCAGCAGCCUUGCAGUGCGUUGUCUUGAUGUCGAUGCAGCCCGGCAUCGCACCAGCAACCCACUGUGAGGUUGGGGUGUCGCAUGUUGCAGACAGCGGGGCGGCCAGCGACAACCUGGUGGGCGGUGACCCGGAGGCCAUGUGGCCCGAGGGCGUAUUCCUGCCACCCCGCACCUGGGACGACGCCUGGGCGCCGGCGAGGCACAGGGGCUCAGGAGGUGAGCCCGAGGACUACGACCCACUGCUGCUGACGGGCGAGGAUGCCAAGGCGUUCGUCAAGUACAUCUACGGGCGCGGCGAGCUGUUCUUCGACGACAUCCCGCACGCCCGCGCCGUGCUGCGCAACCAGGAGGAGCGGCGUGCCAACAGGCUGGCGGGCAACCGCCUGGGCAGCAACCGGCCCACGUCGCCCUUUUACCUGUGGGGGCGGCGGAGGGCCCCGCGUCGCCGCCGGCAGUGAGCGCCCGAUCCGCCUCCGUCGCGACACCAUGUUCCUACCACCUCGGAGAGACGUGCCAUGCACAUUCGGUCAGGCCUAUUGAUUUAAUUUACUUAAUUCACUCUUCAUGGUUACACAUAAUUACAUUGCAAUAAGGUAUGCCUGCGCUAGCGAUUGGCGGCUCUCUGCAAGCGAAGCCAUUGCCCUAUUUGGCCAGAAAUCACAAAUCUUUCCAUUCCUUGCCAUUCUAACGUGUUGUCAGACGUACGUACGUAGUCCUACAAUAUUUUAGUUUGCCAACUAUUCUGCAAUGACGAGAAUAAAAAACGAAGUGUUUUCUAUUGCUGAUAGAGAUUUUAAUUUAUUUCACUGUUCGUCACAAAUCGUGAAUCGUUUUACAGAAAUGUGGCAGUGUGUCUUUAUUUAAAGACAAAUGAAAUAUAAGCUGGAAGCAUGAUGAAGUUAAAAAAUUGUUGGCUUGGUUAAGCAAAUUUGAGCAUUGAAUGUAUCCAUCAGUGGUUUUGAAUUUAAACUGGUUUAUACAUCUUAAUAAUCAAUUGGUCAAGCGUUCAAACACAGACAAGUGCUAAGUUGAUAUUUCCUGAUAAUAACAUAUUCCUGCUUAUAAUGUUAUUUUCCUUACGCCCCCUUGAAAAACAUUAUAACAGGGUUCUACUGUAACACCAUUGAUAGCAAAGUGUGAAAAACAUUUGGUGAAAUUUAAAAUGUACCAAUGUUAAACAACAGUUACCACUUUUUGUAUAUUAAUUUUUCACUGCAUGUGAAUUCAGAAAAAUCAUUAAACAAAUAAAUUUAUAAUUACCUAGCAGAUCAAAAUGUGCACCAGCUGAAUGGUGGCUUAAUCUCAUUUAAUAACCAGUUUACAUUAUUUUAAUAAUAUUUUAUUGACUAGCUUUAUGUGUACGGACUUGAAGCCUUGAAAGACUAAAGCAGUGCCAAACAUGCUAAAGUUUUGAUUAACACAAUGUUUGGCCAGCUAAAGCUAUAAUCAGUAACUACAUGAAGAUACUCAUUUUACGUUAAUCAAGAUGUGUAGGUUAUUUCAAUUAAAAAACUGGAUGGCAUUUUCAUAUUUGGCAAAAAAAAAGUUUCAUUACUAACCAUAUCACACUCAAACACAAUUAACUUCCAUUACUAUAAUCUUCUGGUUCACCAUUCAAAAUACUAAAUACAGAAGCUAUAGAUGCGAUAUCAAAGCUUCCGCCAGUUAUAAUUACCUAUAUAUAUGAUAUCAAUAGCACCUAUACUCGAUUGCUACCUACUAAUUUGUUUACUUGCAGCUAUGUUAUUAGAUUAUAAUAGUAAGUUGUUACCAAAAUAAUAUCUAAUAUAUAUAUUGGGAUGC